AUGGACGCCGACUGUGGCCCUCGCAGCAGCCAGCUCAACCUCAACCUCCAUUAUCACCAUCCGCAUCACGCCAGCAGCAUCAGCGCUCAGUGGUCGCAUGGCCUUCACGGCACCCACAACCCGCAGCCGAACGCUCGCCACCGCCAGCAGGACUGCCAGCAGGCCAGCCGGAGGCAGUACGCCGUACCGGACGAAGGCCGCGUGGCCCGGGAACCAUUGGACGGCAGCACUGGUCGCCUCGCGCGGGCAGGGACGGCGCCCACAGGUUCUGCAUGCCUUCCGACUCAAGCCGAUCUCUGGCCGGCCAGUCAUCAGCUCCCUUCCAGUGCCCGUAUAAAUAGCCAACACCAUCAACUCCAUCAACACAAUCACUGUCUCCAUCAACUUUAUCAACUUCAUCGACCCCGUCAACAACAAAAACCUGCUUCUCUUCCCACGUCUUCCAACACAUCCAUCUCCAUAUCUAGUAGUAGUAUUAGUACUAGCACGUGCGCACCGCAUCACGACGUUUUUCCAACUUCCCAACAGCAACGCCACGCUUCCAAUCCCGGUGGGUUUGAUCAUCAAAUUUCUCGCGAAGAAAGUGUUUCCUUUAUCGAGCCGGUCAAACUGCCGUAUCCCUGCUCUCUCCAGCAGGCCUCCAUUGCCCCACACGUCGCCGCGAUGGACGAGACCACCAACUGUGACAUUGCAAGCAAACGGCCUGCUUCGCCAGAGACACCGUUGACGGUUCCAGCAUUGUCUUCUUCGCCAGGUGAGAACGCGGCCACGAACGGCGCCCCGCAUAACCACAAAGACUGCAGUCCUUCUCCCAAAGCCCAGGUAUCCUCGCAACAUGAGAGUCCAACGUCUGCGCCGUCUCCUCGCAGCCAAGCGUAUGCAACGAUAGACAGCAACAGCGACCGGGACAUUGUGCAUGAUGACAUUGUCCCCGUCAACGACAGCCUUCCUGAGCCAGGCGCCGGGCCCGGCCCAAGUACCAACCAGAACGUCACAGCGCCGUUCCACUUUCCCAUGCCAAGAAGAAACAGCGUCACGGACAAUGCCAGAAUCGCUCACUCGUCCCUUUCAAAGCAGACACAGACAACCCAGUCGGCCCAGACAAUGCAGCAAGCUCCGUCCAGCGCAGACACUCCGACCUUUGGCGGCUACGUUGCCUACUGCCUCGAUCGCGGCAACGGUCUGUAUACCAGAUUGAUCCCCGCCGAUCGCUUGCCUCCCACGGCUGGCUUUGUGGCGCUGCAAAACGACAGCCGGGGCAUGUUUGUGCUCCCAGAUCCGUCGACCCAGCUGUCUGCUAGUAUGGCACUGCCAUCGAUGCCGGUUGUCAAUACCAGCGUCACAUACAACUAUGGCACGCGGCCAGUCCAACAGGUGUGUCGUCCUUGUCCCAAUACUGCCCUCAUACACGCUCACGUGCUAACUCCGUCAAAGAGCUUCGCUCCGUACGGGUCACUACAAGGACAGACGUUGUCCUCUGUGGUUCCCCAAGCCCAGCGCCCCGGCCAAGUCGGCAGUGCCAACGCCAAAAAGCAAAAGGUAUACUGCGACAAAUGGGUACACGAGGGCAUCUGCGCCUUCACUCAGCAGGGCUGCAAGUUCAAGCACGAGAUGCCCCACGACCGUGCCACGCAGCGCUCGCUCGGUCUCUUUCAGGGGUAUCCGAACUGGUAUAAGAAGCUGCAGGCGCAGGAGCAGCACCAGCACCACCAACAGCACCCGCACCCGCACCAGCCGUCCAUGGAAACACCAGCAAUGGCACCCUUAGCGCUGCUGGCACCGCCUACACCCGGACAUGGAUUGGAGGCCACCAGCGUCCAAGCGCAACCCUUUCCCACCGGCUUCCUAUACCCGAACAUUGCCCCGGUCUGUGUGCCGGCGCCGCCACCGCCACCGUCCGCGACCCUGCCGCACCUUGCCUCUGCAGCAUACCAGCCCAUCUUCUCGAACUUUGGCAGCCCUACGAGCAACCGCCAGAAAUCCGGCUUGAAUGGCAAUACUGCCACCGGUAUUGAGGGCCACUGGCGCGCAAACAGCAUCCACGCAGCCUCUUGGCGCAUACCACUCGCGACCGGCACCACGGCCAACCAUACCACUGCUUUUUCUGCUGCUUCUGCUGCUUCUGCUGCUUCUGCUGCUUCUGCUGCUUCUGCUGCCGCUACUGCUACUCCUGCCGUGACAUCCACCGUCACCGCCGACCACCUCGCAGACAACUUUGCCCGCAGCCUCACCAUGGACGGAGUCGCCAGCUUGACCAGCAGCACAUCGCCCACGUCGAUGGCCGGCGAACCACGGACCGGAACAGCGGCCUUUAGCAGCUUCGGCUACGGUGCCAAUAGCAGCUUUGGCCGCGGAUUCGGUGCUCUCGGUGGUCAUCUGCUUCCACUCGGCCCGCUUGGUGAAAGUGAAAGCGGUGGCGGCAGCAGCGGCAGAACGUUUGGCCCCAUCGGCCCACCUCCAACAGCAUCAAACUCUUCAAUGCCAGGUGUAUCUUCGCCGACGGCGACGGCGACGGCAAGCUUCACCUACCGAAGUGCCGGAGACGAGAGCGGCCCCUUGGCAACCGACUGGUAG